AUGGCUGGAAACCCAAAUGAUGAUGCCCUCGCAAGAAUCGUCCGAGAUGCCCUCGUCAGACGUGACGCCCUUGUACGACUGGAGGAUCGCGACCCUAUUCUAUUCAUCGCCGCCCCACACAUCCUCGCCCCUUACAUCCAUACGGACGAACAGCGCCGGGCGCUCGCCCUCCCCGGCCACGACGUCGCAUUCCGGGCGGGCCGGCUCUGGCCGGAGCAGGUUGCCACGCACCGCCCUUCAUAUAUGAACGCGCUGCUUAUACGGCGAGCCGGUGUCCUCGUGCCUGGCGGGU